AUGCCGCUAUCUGCUCUUAUGAUACUAUUCGACCUGGUAAUUCAUAAUCCUCAGCACCCAGAGACGAACCUUAGCUUGGCUCUCCUAGAUAUCGCCAGCGGCCACUUCAGUCGCAUCGAGGUUGCCAGUAAAGCCGCCCUUCCAGGCUCUUUGAUUGCCGAGUUCGCCCACCUGGCACGGCAGUAUGUAUCUGACAUCCGAGGGGCCAGAGAUCGGCAACGUGCCGGGGCGACUGCAGAACAACGAAGCGCAGAAGCAGCCACUAACGCAUCCUUUGAACCGUGUCACCCCCCAGGUACUUCUGACGAGACAUACUCCACCAAUGUUGGAGGCUCAGUACGGUCCUCAGGCACGAAUACAUUGACAUAUACACAAGGCCAGGUACUGCAAUCGCAGUCUGAGCCUGUCUUACCCUUUAUGCAGACUGUCGCGGAUAAUUCAAUACAUCCGCCGGGUCAGAUGGAGGGUGCAAGUUCUGAUGAACUACACUCUCUUUACUUCCCUAUGACUGACGAUCCGAACUACCAGCUUGGGGAUUUGGGGGAUCUUCGGAUGUUGGGGGUGGACUUAAUGCAUUUAUUUGAAAUCGGAUACCCAUUUGUAGGAGACGAGGGUUAUCCGAUAACUGGCACCAAAAUGGCAUGGAGCCACUAUCUCAAAUGCUUUCUCUGUGAUGAUAAAGGCGUGCUCGCAGCUUUUAACAGCACAAGCUCCGACACAGGGAUGAAGAAGUAA